CUACCGGAAGUUAUGGUCGUUCAGCAAAGCUAACCGAAGCAAAGAAAAAGGUAAAAUAAAGGGAGAACACUAGACUAGUCUAAAAGAGAUGCCAAUUGUAGAAAACUUCGAUGACUCAUAUUUUAGCUGAUGCAUCUGAUUACAGUAAACAACAUGGGCAGAGCAGCGACUGAGAUUAAUGAGUAGUCUUGAGUGGUCACAAUGGAGCGCACUACACUAGAGUGUGGAGAACACCAGACAGAGCUACUGGAGGCUUUGAAAGGUAUGUUUGAGGAAGGCCAACUAGUGGAUGUCACAAUGUGCAUUCAAGAUCAUCGAAUUCCAUGCCACAAGGCUGUGUUAGCUGCAGCUAGCCCCUAUUUUAAGGCUAUGUUCACAUCAAACCUUCAUGAAUCUAGGCAGCAAGAGGUUUGGCUUAGGGAGACAGAUCCUGAUGCUGUGCGAUUACUAAUUGGAUUUGCGUACUCAGGCAAACUAGAGAUAACUUCAGCUAAUGCACAGAGUCUGCUGUCAACUGCUUCCUUGCUUCAGAUGUCUGCUGUCCAGAAGGCCUGUGCCAAGUUCAUGGAGACUCAGCUUGAUGAGGCUAACUGUGUGGGCAUCCAGUGCUUUGCCUCUGUACACAACUGUGAAGAGCUGUGCACCAAGGCUAAGGAAUUCAUAGAGAAGAACUUUACUUCUGUUUGCAAAACUGAGGAGUUCUUAGACUUACCAUUGGAUAAGGUUGUGGAUAUUGUUUCCUCUGAUGAACUUAAUGUGGAGAAAGAAGAAACUGUGUAUGAAGCGAUAGUAACAUGGGUGACACAUGAUUUAAAAAACCGGCGGCAGCAUCUUGGGGAGCUCAUGUUACAUCUUAGAUUUCCUCUAGUGAGUGUUAAAUUCCUUAUGGAUGUUGUUUAUCAAAACUCCAUGCUUCUGGAGACAGAGAAAGGAAGGGUUCUGAUUCGGAACAUUCGUAUGUUCUUGGAAAACCCAGAAAAAGUGUACAGCGCAAGUAACACAAAAGACCCAUUCCCCUUGCGUUCUGGCAUGAUCCAGCCUGAGCACUGCAUCCUGUUGGUAGGAGGGAUUGAUCAGAAUAAACCCUCUGCAAUAAACUGUUACAACCCUCUUACCCGUGAAGCUUUCUUCAUGGCAACAUUCCCUGAGUGUGAGGAGCGUUCAAGGUAUUACUGUGUGGAGGACCCCGCUGUCAUAGUGACGGAGGACAAUUCGAUUUAUGCAGCUGGUGGUAAUUAUAUUUAUCAUGCAAAUUACGGAGAGUCUCCUUCUGAUGAGGAUUCUGUUUCAUUUGAUGAUUUUGAAGAUGAAGAGUCUGUGCGAAAAGAUGUUUAUUUCUAUGACAAUGAUCAUAACAAGUGGAUAGCAAAAGCUCCAAUGUUGUUUCCUAAAUCUAAUUUUACAUUAGCAUCUGUGGACAAUAAAAUUUACAGUUUUGGGGGUCUUACAUUAAACCAGCAUCCUACAGAGAUAGUGGAGAGCUACGAUAUUGAUAAAAAUCAAUGGAAUUAUGUUGGAAUGAUGCCAACGACGCUGGUUGAUCUAAGUUCUGUUGUCUUUCGUGGAGAGAUAUACCUUCUUGGAGGAAGAACUGGGGUGGGGGCUCACAAUAUUGUCAUGAAGUUUGACCCGCGAAAAAAUGAAUGGACCUCCCUGGCUGGGAUGCCCACACCAAGGUUUAAUUUUGGUGCCUGUGUCAUUGAUAAUGAGAUCUUGGUUGCUGGUGGUCAGAUAUAUUCGCAUUCCACCAACACUAUCCGAAGGGAUGCCAUGAGAUCCUGUGAAAUUUACAAUGUUGAAGCCAACCAGUGGCGGCAAGGCCCUGAACUCACUGAGGAGAUGUACAACGUUGGCCUCAUGCAUGUCAAUGGCUGCGUAUAUGCCAUGGGGACCUCUGAGUACCAGCGGUCUCCUUUUAGAAUCUACCGCUACAAUGUUGUGUGUAGAUUGGAUCUCAGUAGGAAAAGGUGGGAGCAAGUGGAAUCUGAUCUGUGUGAUAUUCGCAGCUAUGCUUCUGUGGCUGCCAAAUUGUAUACCAGGAAGUUGUCUCAGGUGUUUCGACCUGAGGUUGAUACUUGAUAUAUAAGGUGCACUUAUCACUCUAUUAUAUUAUAUUCCUUCAAAAUUCAAAACCUUUCAAAACUUUGAUUCAAUGCAACUUUUACUAUUUGGAUGUGUUAAUAUUUUUAAAUACCAAAAUUAAUGCUAUUCAUUUUACAGUAUUCUGUUGCACUGUAACAUUUAAUAAGUUGUAUUAAACAAAAGGAUUCAGUGAUAAACUGGUAAAUAUGAAUAAUGAAGAUAAUAUGAAGAAGUUAUGAAUAAUUCACUCCUUUAUUUCAUAAGUUUCAUGUCAAAUUGUAAGAGAAAGAAGUGAAAUCUUCAUAUAAUUUUACUUUAAUUGUGAUUUAAUUAAUAGUUUUUUUUACUUUAUUGUUUAUUAUAAAGUUGUGUUAAAUAAUUAUAAUAAUAUUUUAAUCACUGGUAAAUUUGUGAUAUCUAGAUAAUAUUCAGUAUUAUUUCAAUUUAUAAUUAUUUAAAUGAAGGUAUUUAUCAUAAUGAAAAAAAAUUUUCUCAUUGAAAUUUUAAUGAACAAUAAACUAAUUAAUUAUGAUAUUUCUUUUUAUUUUAAUCAGGAUUAGUAUGAUAAAAAUACAUUUAAUUAUUUCAGUAAAUAGAUUUUGUAAAAAAAAAUAAUUUCACAAUUAACAAGCAAGAUCUACCAAGUAAGCAAGAAACAAACAAUUAGAACAUUUCAUGAGAGCCAAUAUUGAAAACUAGAGAGGCUUAAGUUUUCCUGCAUUUUUAAAGAAAGUGAAAUGACAACCAUUAAGCCAUAUUUACCUUUAAACUGGUUAUUAAGAUACUUCAAGUUUUUUUUUGCUUUCUAAUUUAAUAACAUGCUUACUUUUGACUUUAAAAAAUUACAUAUAAAUCUUAUUGUUUUUUCAGCACAGUAGUCUAUAUAGAACAGUAUUUGUCCUCUAUGUGUGUCAUGAAUUUCAGAUUUUUGUCAAAGUGCUGAGAAAUCAAGGAUGAAACUUUUAGUAAGCCCUUGGAAUGAAUCUUGACUCGGCACUAUUUAUUUAAAUUUUGUUUGUUUAGAUUUGAAAGCCAAAGAAUCAAAAUCUUUUAUUCUAAAUAUAUAUAUUAUAUUUUAUUGACAAGGAUAUUAAAAUCCAUUUAGUCAAAGUCAAACACACUUUAUGAAGAGAGUUUAACAUUGUCUCCAUUGGUUUAUUUAUAUACAUCUUUUGUUAGUCAGUAUUAUAUACUGCCAUGCCCUAAGUCAGGCAAAAAAUUGGAUGGCAAAGUGUAGGGCAAGAAACUGACUGCAGAAUCUAGCUGCUUCUGAUAAAUGAGAGAUUAAGAAGAUUGAAGGCUUAUUCUUACAAGAUAGAAAGGAUAACUCGGAAUGGAAAUCCUGCUCAUACUCUAUCUAAAGAAUAAGUAGAAUAAAGAAUAAGUAGAAUGGCAGUUUCACCUGUUGAUUGAGGUUGAGAUUUAAGCAGGGCAUCAGGUUGGUUUUGUUCAUGACAUUCCAUGUUCAAACUUUGAAUCCCAUGAAUAAAUCUUUAAUAUACAAAGCAGCUUACCAAUUCAAUAGCUUUGAUAUGUAGUGCAAUAGAACCAAUAUGCAUCAAUAAGCUUUUUAUAUUCUGUUUUAUAGAAUAUUUCUUUUUUUUUUCAGCAUGUAUUCUAAUUUAAAUAUAUAUAUACAGGGCUUUUUUUGUGACGGGGCAUACUGGCACCUUUUUGAACAAAUUAUUACUUUUCUUGUAUUUUAACAUUAUUAAUUUUUAGUAGUUAAAAGUUAGGCAAUCAACUACUGAGUACCGGCACCCAAUCACUGAGUACCGGCACCUUUUUUUUUUUUUUUUUCAAAAAAAAAAGCACUGUAUAUAUAUUUAUUUAUUUUCCAUAUUUAGAAAUUUUAUUGAAAUAUUUUGUGAAGUUAUACCUCAACUAUUUAUGUUUGUCUGACAUGAGUUUUAUUUUACAAUAGUUAUUGUGAAUAUUUAAGCAAAAAAAAAAAUUAUGUUUUUGAUAUUUACAUGAAUUUAAAAAAAAAAAAAAGAAGUUAUUCUAGAAUGUACUUCAAAUACAUGUAGAUAGCUUCUUGUAUUAUUUUCUUUGAUUAUAAUAUUAUAUUAUAUGCAAGAAAGAUUUUACAAAGAGCAGCCUUUUUGUUAUACAUUUCAAAGUUAGAAUUUUUUUUUCAUCCAUGUUUGAAUAGUGUCAUAUCAUUACAAAGUAGCCUAAUUUGCUUGUGGUUUUGUUCCUGUAGUGUGCAGGCAAAUGCUGUUUUCAACAUAAAUUGAAUGUUUUUUCUUUGAAAAAAUAUAGUACAAUUACUUUAGACUAGUUGUUUUUUUUAAUUUAAGUUCCACAAUGGUACAACUAUAUAUUUUAGUCUAAUUGACUAGUGUAAAUAUCAGUCAUUUACUAUUUUACAGGGUUUUUUACAUUUUCUUUGUGUGUCUUGUUGACUUUUUCUUGAAUAGCUUCAUUGCCCUUAAAUUGGCUUUUACAGCACACAAACUUUAUUGCAUAUAUUAUACAUUAUUUUUAAUUUAUUUUUAAUGUAUAACUAUUUUAUUUUCUUUAUUUCAAUAAAAGUUUUUGUGACACUUUUUUUUUAUUAUUAAAAAUUAUGAAAAAAAUUAAAAAGCUCUUAACAAAAAUUAAACGUUUACAUUUUAUUUCUGAUUUGUAUAUUACAAGCUGUAAGUAAGUUGUUUUUAAUUCGACUUAGCCUUUCUGGUUUGAUGGUUUGUGCAUCCACCUCAAAUUGUUCUAUUUGAAAGCUUAAUUUUUUUGAUAAACAGUUUAAAAAAAAUUGUCUAGAGUAUUUCAACAUGUUUUAAAAAUCUGUGUUACUUGGGCUUGCUAUUGUAUGUCUGCUUUAUAGAUGUUUUAAUAAACUGGUUGAAUUUUUUUUUAAAAUAUUUUAAACUAAGGGAAUAUAGAUUAAAAUAUGAUCAUUAGAUUUUAUCAGAAUCUCACAAUAUCAAUAGAAAAUGUGCAGUUACUAUUUGACUGUACACAAAGAAUGGAUACAUUUCAUUUCAAAACAAAAAAUAUUGAAAUUUUAUGUGACUUUUUUUAUGCUCUUGUUCUAUUCUAUGUUUUCUUGAGCAAUAUAGCUUGGUUUUGAAGGUAGAGCCAUAAAGCUGUAAAUAAUCACAAUGCAAUAGACUGAAUGUGUGCAAGUGUGACCUCUGGGUUUAAUCUUUGGCCACUCACUUGAUGCAAUGAUUAAACUUACAACUACACAGAUUUUCUUGGCAUAUAAUUAAUUUGUGGCAUAACAUUCUCCAACUUAAAUUGGGUGUGAUGCUAGAAUUUAGAAUUGAUAUAAGUCAGAUGCAUUCCCAGAUUUCCAUGUUCUUAUUUUGAAAUGAAUGCUGUCAAAACAACCAUAUGAAGAUUAUAUUUAUCAUGAUAAAAGCGAAUUUAGAUUUGAAUGUUGUGUUGAUUUAAUGAUGAUCAGUUUAUGACAAAUUACUACGCCUUACACAUCACAAGUCCUUGUUUUUUUUUUAUUGCUUUUUUUUUUAGAAACAAUAUUUUGUGUUGUAUGAUAUUUUUGACGACAAUGCCUUGAAGCUAUGUUUUGAAAGCAUCACACUGUAAGCAGAGUUUAACUAUUGCCACUUACAUAUUGCUUUUAUUGGCUUGCUGUGAUUAUUUACCUAAUUAUUUGGUCACUUUUGAUAAUUAAGUGUUUUUUUUUGUUUAUAUUCCUAUUGUAAUGUUGCUAAUUUUUAUUUUUUUUAAAAUAAAUUUUUGAUUGUUUCAUUAAUUAAAGAGUUUAAAAAAAAGUUUUUGACAGGUGCUUUUGUUUUUUGAAGGGAGAUCAGAGUCUGAAGUUUUGAAAUAUUUUUAAAUUGCUUCUCCACAUAUUUGUUACUUUGACAUGGAUCCUACAGAUCUUAGAUUUGUAAGGAAAUAAUUUGUAAGUAAUGAAAAACCUGCACAAAAGUGUGCAAAGAACUUACUGGCAAAAUUUAAAGAAAUUUUGGCACUUGCCACUUUGUAUUGAAAGUUACCAGCCCAUAGUAGUUAUUACAAGCCUGGAUAUUUAAACUAUAGUUAUAUUGCUUGUUUUCAAGCUCAAAGAUGAAAGACAAGUUCACAUGGCUAUGCAGUCCUAGCUAGGAUCUUUAUAUUUGCCACAUCCCGUGGAAACAAAACUGUUGUCUGCAGGUGCAGGAUUCUAGUUCUUUUUUUUACCUCCUAGCAAUACCUUGAAAUUUUAUUUUAUUAAAUAUACAAUUUAUAAAUCUUUUACCAACUGGUCAAUCACUUCUCUAUAUUCUUCAUCUUUAUGCUGUUAAUUUUUAAAAGUCGAGUCUAAAUCUUUCUCAUUUGUUUGGGACAUCAUCCCAAUGUUCCCAUUUGUGUAAUAUAAUUAUUGUAAUUUUUAAAACUUAAUUUUUUUUUUGUCUGACCUUCUAUAUCACAUUGGAUUUGUUUUACUCUUUAUAUAAUUCUCUCCCUUCCUUUUUUUUUCUUUUUCUCUACAAAAUUGAAAUCACAAACCUAUAUAGAUAUAGUGAGAGAGACUAGACUAGGCUUGGUUGUAAUCAAUGGCACAUUGUCUUCAGUUUGGAAGAUGAAUGUUCAAAUUAGUGUGUCUAUUUUUUAAAAAUACAUUUAUCCAAUAUAAAACAAAAUGUCUAUACUUGAUGUAGGUGUUAAAAUCUAGGUGUUGAGAACUUGGUCUAGACAUUACACUGUUGUUGAAAAUGACUUUAACUUAAACAAAUUAUCCCUUGUACUGUUUAAAUCAUGUGGCACAGCAUUGAAAGUCUGAGAGCACAUUCGGCUCAUUUUCCUAUUAGAUUUUGACUAAACUCUAGGCUAGAUUAAUUUAUUAUUUCCUCAGAAAUCGCACUAAAAAUAUAAUGACUUCAUAAAAUUUGUUGAAUUUAUAAAAACUCCUUUUUGAUGUAGGAUCUGAAUCAGAACUAUGGGAAUUGUGUUGUAUUUAGAUUCACUAAACCAAAGAUAAUUUUCUAUGGGGUGAAGAGCCAGUUCACAGAAUCUCUAAUGGCCAUUAUGUUUUCCACUAUCAAGUUAAACAUUUAGAUAGCUCACUAAAGUGAAUGAAUCAACAUUGUCUCCCUGGCUGCCAUUAUGUUUUCCCACUAUCAAGUUAAACAUUUAGAUAGCUCACUAAAAUGAAUGAAUCAACAUUGUCUCCCUGGCUAGUCUAUAUAUUUCUAUGUUAGUUGUUGAAAUUACUUUCUUGUGACACCACUGAAUAGCGUUGAUGCAUGGGACUCUCUUUAGUUUGUCUUUGUUCCUAGAGCUAUUACUUUAUGCUCCAUUUGGUUGUUAGUUUUUGUUUGUCAAAGUAGAAAGUAACGAAAAUGUUAUUUUGGUAGACAACAAAAUUCUGAUACUGUCAGUCGAUCUUGAUUAAGUCUGCUUGUGAUAGGAUCUUACACUUAAGUAAUGUUAGCCAAUAGAAAAUUGAAACGAUGUUAGCCAACAGAAGUCACAUAGUAUUUUAUGUUAGUUUCAUAACAUGUACACUUUGGUUUGCCAGUUUGUGUGCAGCGAACUUUUGAUUUGAUCCAAGUGCUAUUAAAAUAGCUCAAAUAUCACAUC